AGUUCACACUGCCUGAUGCAUGCUGUAAAAGGGGGCGAUGUGCACAGAUCAGAGGGGGUCAUGGGAUUUAUUAGUAUUUAAAAGAUGGGUGUGGUUGACACAUGCUUCGUGCCCGGAUUUGAGGAUCCUCCUGCGAGCGCUCACCGCGUGAUCUGCAAGCCUGAUUUUCAAUGAUAAUAUUCACAGAAGAAGAAGAAAAAAACAGGAACCGUGUGGAAAGUGACUGAGAGGGCAGCAGCCUCUCAUUUAACUAAAAGGAAAUCCACUUCUAGCGCAAUCUUUGAGGUUAUUAGCUCGAUGAAACGCAGCUCUAAGCCUUUCUAAAGCCAUUAUUCGCUAUAUCAGGCACUUUGCAGAUCCCCCUGUCUACUUCAUUGUGGGUUUGGAGGCGUUUGCCCUGAUGAAGUGUCAGAGGCAGAGGAGGGAGGAGGAAACCAGAGAGAGGAAGGAAGCGAGGAUAACGUCACGAGAAGCAGAAUCGGAGUAAAACGGACUCAACAGUGUUAUAUGGACAGUCCUUGAUGCGGGCCGGGCUCACAGCUGCUUUUUCCGCCGAUUUGUCUCUUUUUUGUACGAGGAUGCUUUUGUAAACUCACCAGACGUGAAAAAGGGAGAUUGUUCGGAGAGGAAAAACCAACCCAACAGCAGCAGAUUUGAUCUCUUUCAGGAGCUCCACUAAAAGAAGAGAGAGAAAAUGGAAAUGUGUGGAGCCCUCCUCCUCCUCCGUUUGCCUGCUUGCUGAAGGAUUUGCCUCAAUCGUGACAGAAGUGGACCUCCUCUGCUGCAGCUCGUUUUUUAAUGACUGGAAAAGACAUAUAAGAUCUGUCCUGCGUGGGAUUUUUUUCACAGGGGCUUUCGGUCCUUUUUUUUGACGGCGGAAAGAAGCAGCAGAAUCGUCGGGAGAAUUAACAGGUAGCCGCCCAUUAUCAAACGCAGUGACAGCAGCUGUAGGCCAGCCCAUUGAGUGUAAGAUGGCUGGGUUAUAAUGUGUCUAUUCAUAGGAUCAUUUUGAGCAAAUUCAACAAUCUACAUCUGCAUUUGAUUGGAGCUGAAACAAGAUGCGUUCAGGGCCUCCAUCAGCCCCUGUGUGCUGAUCAAUAUGUGAUGUAGCCUGCAUUCAUACAGGGCCCUCCUGGACGCUCAUUUAGGAAGCUCUCAAUGCAGAGAGAAAAGAGAAGCCGACGCUUGAUUCCGGCUUGUACUCGUUUUAUUCCUCUCCCCGUGGUUUUUUAUUUCCUGCCAGUGUUUGUUUGUUAGUUAACCAGGGAGUAAGCAGCCUCCCUCCCCGACUUUAACAUUUACUCUUGUCAAACAUGCGGUGGUUGGAGGGAGGCUGACUGACUGACUGACUGACUGACUGAGCACUGCCUCUCCUCCAGCUGCAGCUGUAACCAUGCCAUGUCGGUGGAUUGCACAUCAGAUGUGCAUCCAAAGGGGUGGGGCCACUUCGACUUUUGCAUCCUGUUCUGUUAAUUUCUCACCGCUUGUGUUAUAAAGCAUACACUCCCUUACAUGUGCAGAUGCUGUUGCUUAAUCCUGGUAAUCUUCCCCAACAGCCUCAUAGUGAGCGAGGUUGAAGUCACUUGUCUGCUUUAAGUCGGUGCAUGAGUGAAGGUGGGAUCUGCCUGCUUAUGUGGGGGGUCUUCUUUGGCAAAAAUAGAGUCAAUGCUUGCAUGAUUGAUGUUUCGGUGACAUUUUAGUCUUUCCUGAUGCAGAUUCUGAUUCCUAGAUUUUAGUAUCAGCCGACACAGAGAGACCCUCUGAUACCCUAUCAAACAUUUGAUAAGGUGUGAUGGUUAAACUCAAAGUGGGAGGACAUUUAGCCGUUUUUAUCACACAAACCAUAUUUUUAUAACAAGUGUUAAGGUGAUUAGUUAGUUUAUAUUGAACCAUUUAUAAAAAAGUGGAAGUUAACUCCAAAUUGAGCUUUGUGUCCGUUCCCCAACCCUGUGGUAACUAGCACUAAAUAUUUGCCAAGAGGUCAGGCUGGGUUGGUUGUCAUGAUAUCCCUUUUAUUUGACAGGACAGCUGAAUAGUGACAGAAAAUGUGGAGGGAUAGACAAGGCAGGGAGUUACACCUUGAGGACUGCAGCCUCUGUAGAGUGCCUACCUUAAGAUUUAAGCAACUCUGAGGUUCCCAACAUUCAUUUUAGAGAGAAAUACAUAGAGGAAAUAUACCGAUCAGUGACAUUUAGUCACUUCUGACUCUCUGCUAGCACUGUACUGCUGGUUCCAGUUGGAUCAAUAGCUGGCACACUUACAGCAACCCAAUACUGCAUUGUUUUUUCCCCCCACAAAAUAUGAUUAGCUAUCACACAUUCAUAUUAGUGCCUGAUAAUGUUAGUGAUAUCUGUAUUGGCAGUGAUAUCAGUAUAAGUAUCAAAACGACUCACAUAUAACAAAAGUGCAUUCAUGCAUCUGGUUGGACUGAUCCAGGCCUGAUCUCUGUUGCCUCAGCCCCCCUCUCCUCAUGCUUUGCUCCUCAUUGGCUAAAUGAGCAGCUGUGCCAGGAGACCGAGACCCAUGAUGAUACACCCCUUUUGGCCUCCAUUAGUGCCGUGUGAUCCAUCUGGUCACAGGUCCCUCCAGGGAACAGUGACCUACUGUAGCUAAUUGCUCUCCCUCUGCAGCGCGCACUGUAUGCAUGUUUGCUGUGGAGCGUUAUCGCGGGUUUGAAUUGCCUCUCAAAUGCAAAUAGAAGCUCCCUGUUUGAAUGUGUAACUGUGCCCCUGACAGUUACAGGAAACGCUGCUUCCUAUGAAGGGCGUGAUGUGAUACACAGUGUGUGUGUGUGUGUGUGUGUCUUUUUCGGUUUGUGUCUGUGUAUGUGUGUGUGACCCUGGUUGGCCCUCAGCUAAAGGAUCUGCUACGAGCCUUUGGCAUAUUUACAUGCUAUGUAAAUCAUCGGAGCCAAACUGCCUGCGAUAACAAGAGAACCAUAAAGAUGACUGUGUAUUAGCACAAGUUUGCACUUCACACGCUACUGACUGUGAGUUUGCAGAGUAACAAGUUCCCUCUGCUUUUAUAAAGGGAGUGUUCACUCAGUUUCUGCUGCUGCUGCUGCUGCUGCCUGGUAGCAGUGCUGGCUGCUCAAUGGCAGCUUAGUCAUUACAGAUUAUUCUCCUCUGUAAAAACCAGGCAUGGCUGCACUGGCAUAAACAGAUUACAAGGUUUUUUCUCACUGUGUGUGGGUUCAGUAAACCUCAGAGAUUAAAACGUGAUUUCUUUAUUUUAACAUUUCUCACUCAAAUCUGGAACAAACAGCAUUUAAAGGAAGUUAUUUGACAUAAUUGAUUUGUUUGUUUUUGAUAAAAGUGGAUUCGCAGAUUACUGGAUUAUAGGGGGCAUGAAAGUAUGCUAAUUCCACUCGGCCCUACUGAUAAACAACAGCAGCUACUUUUAUGCGCUUAGAGAUGAUGCUUAAAUCCACAUCUGCUCUUUGGACAGGUAACUGCUGGGACCAAUUCAAGAUGAGUGAGCUGGAGCAGCUUCGUCAGGAGGCCGAGCAGCUGAGGAACCAGAUCAGAGUAAGUCUGAUGGUUUCAAAGAUCAGGUCUCAUCUUUAGCAUGCUAAUGCUAAUGUUUUUACUUGCUGUAUUAUGUAUUUGUGUUUUUUUUAUCCUGUAAUUCUGUGUUCAUUAGGAUGCCAGGAAAGCAUGUGGAGAUUCAACUCUGACACAGGUAAGACAAACAUACAUGAAUAUAUUUAUCUUUUUUGGGUUAUGGGAACAAUGUCCUUUUCAGGGGUCAUGAAUAUGGAAAAGCAAUCAAAAUAAAAACUUGGUAAACUUUGUGAUUUUAAGACCCAAUUUUCUGAGCUUGCACACAAAUAGUUAAGAAAAGGAGAAUAUGUAAAAUAAUUUUGAAUCUAAUUUUAUGUCUCUUCUUUAGGACGCACAGUUUUGGAAAAAUAAUGAUGAUUUAAGAUUGUUUGGUAUCCACAUCUGUAAUAUUAUAAACAUUGUGACUGUUUUUUUUCAGUGGUGUUCUGAAUUUAUCUAUUUACUGUAACCGGUUAUAAAUUCAUUUUUUACAUGAGUUUGUAUCCUCAAGUUUGACCUGAAUUGAUAGUUGCUCCGGAGAUGUUCUAGUCUUCAAUGUCUAAUAGUUUUAUUUCCACAAUCUUGAGAAAUCUUACUGUGAACCCUUCAUUACUCACUCUCAGUUAUCAACUGAAGAGCAAAUUUUCAUGUUUGAUUUCUCUCUCCUCCCUAACCCAGAUAACUGCUGGUCUGGAUCCUGUGGGGAGGAUUCAGAUGCGGACGAGACGCACCCUCAGGGGCCACCUUGCCAAGAUCUACGCCAUGCACUGGGGCACAGACUCAAGGUUAGUAAAUACUCUCCCAAACAUUUUUCUGAUCUUUAAACCUCUCAUAGAAAGUUGUACAUGUGUAAAUGUCACAGUCAUGCCUUUGGUUAUCUCCUUUGUUCUCAACAAGCACUGUCUGCUUUAAAAUGACAAUUUAUUUUUAAUUUUAACAUGCUAAGACACUCAAGCACAAGAAAUACGAUAGCACUUUUACACAUCAGCAUUUCAUUGCAAGCUUGUUACCGUGGCAAUGCUAGACAUCACACGGUAUUUGUUGCACUUUUUUAAUCAGGUAAGAAAGUGCUUCACAAAUGGAGGCCAACAGAAUCAAAGCCAAAUAAAAUUAGGAAUUAAACAUUUGGAAUAAAAUCUUUGUUUUUGUGAAGGUAUGAAAGUCUGAGUGUGGAUGCUUGUUCACCAUUGGUUUAUUAGUCUAGACCUGCACAGCAGCAGAGGAUCUCAGACUGCAUAAGAUAAAAGGAGGAUAAAAGCUCAGAAGUAGAGGGAGGGGCCAGUCCAUGUUGAACUUUAAAUGUGAUCAAAAGAAUCUUCAAGUAAAUCCUAAAGUCAACAGGUAGCCGGUGUGUUUGUUUUAGUUGAAAACCGAGCUGCUGCAUAUUGAACCUUGUGAAGGUGAUGGAUUGAUUUCUAAUGGAGACAGGUGCAGAGUGAAUCACAGCGGUGAAGGUGAGAGGGUAAAGAGAGGUGUAGCUUUUCUAGAUCAGACCAUGUUAGCAUUUAGCUUAACGAACUUUGUGUUGGAGUAUAAUCUCUGAAACUGGAAACUUUGAUUUCAAGAGGGCAGAGUUAAAACAUCCAUGGCAGGUGUCUUAAGCAUAAAUAUGGGGCACCUGCAGUUUCAGGAGUUAGGCGUUAAGAACUGUUGACCCAGACAGGUGUGUGCUUUCUGUGUUACUAGGUAAACCCAAGGAGAUUUGGCUAUGAAUAUAUUUACUGUAUAACUCAUCAUCAAUCCUUCUCCAGUCUCCAGGGCGGACUGUUUGUUGUGUUAAUGAAAGUAAUACUUUGUCUAAGGUUAGAUAAGGUUUGAUAUGGCUGAUUUGAUUUUAUUUUCUUUGUCUGCAGGCUUCUGGUCAGUGCCUCCCAAGAUGGAAAACUUAUCGUGUGGGACAGCUACACCACCAACAAGGUAAAGAGAGCUUGUCGUCGUGUCAUUGGCUGGAUAGAUACUCGAACUUUCCUCGAUCUAAACUCAAAUUUGAAUAAAGUCGUUUGUUUGUUUGGGUGUGGUUGACUUGUAUAACAGCUUUAUUUGCAGCCAUGACUUAUUGUGGUAUUAUAAAAGCAGCAUCAACAGGGGAUUUCGAGUUUAUGACUAACCCAUUUUUGUGUCCUUAUUUAGCGCGUACAUUAGUUGUCCUUCUAUCCCAAAGGUUAAUUGUGGUCCAUUUCCGGAUACCUGUCCUCUUUUAGAUCCACGCCAUCCCCCUGCGCUCAUCCUGGGUGAUGACCUGCGCUUACGCUCCUUCUGGGAACUACGUAGCCUGCGGAGGCCUGGACAACAUCUGCUCCAUCUACUGCUUGAAGACACGUGAAGGCAACGUCAGGGUCAGCAGGGAACUACCUGGCCACACAGGUGAAAGAGCCGCGCACUCUGAACCACUUCUAUUUGAGUCUUCCUGGGAGUCAGGCUGAGGACACGUUUUAGAUAAGCACCAGUCGUCUUCCUCAUGGGGAAGCUUCGCUCCCAAACCCCUGAACAAUAAAGAUUUCAUUUACAUGGUUAAUUAAUCGCAGGGCAACACAGUCUUAAUGAGCUGAGACAUCAACUCCUGUCUGUGGGACUGUAGCUGGCUGCUGCCGAAUGCUUUAAGUUGAACACAGCUGAUUCUGCAGACAUGAAGAUUUCUGUUAGAGGGAAUUCAAGUUAAUGACACAACAUGGAUUAGUUUGUAGUUACUUGACCUUUAGUGUAAUUGAACACAUGACACAGGGAGAAAAGUGACCCAGGACACAAAAAACUCCACAAAGACUGUCCCAUACCAGUCAACUGUAACGAUGGUCUAAGAUUAACUUUACAUUGCUGUUCAUAAAGCUUUGUGUUAUCCCCCAGUUCUGCCUAUCAGGUUAUGUAUAUUUCACUUUAACGGUAGGAGACGGAAGGUGCUACUUCUCUGCAUAUCCUGUAAAAAAUCCCUCAUAGGAUCCUUAAAUUGACCAUUAGUAGAAAGUGCCUUUAACAGGGCUGCUGGAAAAUUACUUUUCUUAAUUGCAUUUUUAAUUGCAUGUUUAAAAUUCCAUUAUUCUGCAUGUCAGAACAGUUUUAGUUCUCAUUACAUGUGGAGCGAUCCUUACCGGUGUGUUGAUUUUGGAAUCUAAUGAGUGCAAUGAAAUGAACUCUUUGAAUUUGACUUGUAGAGUUUUUUUAAAUACAGUAACCAGAGUGUGUUUUCUAGAUUCUUAGGUGCACAACAAGAGCAUAAAAGUUAAAUGUUCCAGCUGGAGCCCAGUCUUUUAAAGUAUAAAGUCUGAACUGCCGUGUGAAUCACAACACCCUUUCCUGCACUUACUCUUAGACUCACAAAUCGGUUUAAAGCUCCUUUGAGAAACUUUUUUUUGUUUGUGUCAGUUUUGGCAGUUAAGACUUUUGAUGAAAAAUCUCAUCUCGCUUACUCUUGACAGUAAAAAGUGACAUCUAUUGUGAAUAUCUUAUGUAGAAAUGUUACAAACAGAGAUGGUUGAGCUGCUUGGUUGACACCCAUCCUCUUAUGCCAGUUUCAGGCAUUAAAAAUUGUUAGCUUCGCACUGAUGGUCUUUAUAUCAUGAAAAGAGAAUCAAUAUAAUUUUUGGUCUAUUUCAUGAUUGUCCAAAAAAACUCCUCACAGGGGCUUUAAAUCAUGUUACACCCUUUAAAUAUCUUCAAACCUCCACCCUGCAGCUCACUUAGCGCCCAGAUUGUGCACGGCUUGACUGGCAACAUGCAGUUGGACAUGCCCUAAUUCACUUUGCACCACAUGCUUUUGUUGAAAUUGUCUCUGAAGGGCAGUGUGUUUUAUAAGAUGGAUUUGAAUGCUCCAUAAACCCAAGAAAGCAUAUUUAAACAGGGGUAACUCCACAUAUAUUUCUUAAUACUGCAAGAAGUGACUUUUUUUUGGUCAUAGUAGCACAAAAGAAAAUUUUGAUGAACCACUUCAGUAAAAAUUAUUCACCACUUUGUGUGAAUAUAUAUUUUUUUAAAUUCUGAUCUUUGAUGUAUUAGUAAAGGAAAAGUGAUUGUGUAUAUGAAUAUCAUCAUGCUCUUUUUACCCUCCUCAAUAACAGAAACUCAUCCUGUUCUCUCUGUUACCCUCUCCUCUCUCUCUCAGGUUACCUGUCAUGUUGCCGUUUCAUCGAUGACAAUCAAAUCAUUACAAGUUCUGGAGACACCACAUGGUGAGUGGCAGAGAUCAGAAAACACACACAGUUCAAACUUGUUUUCACAAGCCGAUCUGUGUCUUUUACUCUUUGCUUUCUUCCCCAGUGCACUGUGGGACAUCGAGACAAGUCAGCAGACCACAGUCUUCUCCGGCCAUAGCGGGGACGUCAUGAGUCUGUCUCUGUCACCAGACUUCCGCACCUUUGUGUCGGGAGCCUGCGAUGCCUCGGUCAAACUGUGGGAUAUCAGAGACAGCAUGUGCCGACAGACCUUUGCAGGCCACGAGUCAGACAUCAACGCUGUUUGUGUGAGUGUGCCUGGGCGAUGCAGACCUUAUAAUUAAACUAGUAUACUAGUAUAUAGCUGAGUUAUUUUUUUAUGCAUGAAUUCUGGAAAAGUUUAGAGCCUCAAUAUAAAAAAGAAGUCACACUUUGCCCACCCUAAGAGCUCUCUAAAACAGACCUCUGGCACAUCUUAAAAAUAGCACAGAUGAUGUAACCAGGGUUAUCUCAGCUUGGUAAGAAAGACUUAUAAAUUAAUAACAGAAAAUAAGCUUUAAGGAUAUGAGCAGGAAGGAGAAUCUGUCCCCAGAGCAUUGAUUGGACCACUGUUUCAAAAUGUUUCUUAAGACCCCAUAGAGAGACUUUAAUCCAGAGAUUUAAAAAUACAUUUACAAAUAUUCUGAACAGAGCUUUGUGUUUCUAAUUUACUCCUCAGUUUUCUUAUAUUUUUGAAGAGAAAAAACUCCCUGAAAGUUUCUUGACUGUGCUGUCAUCAGUUACACAUAUUUUCCAGGAAUUAAAAAUUCCAAUAAACUACCGAUGGUUUCAGUCCUAAAAGUGGUCCUUCCAGGUGGACGUAUUUGUGUGCGGUGUGAUAGACCAUCAUGAGAGCAGCUCCAGGAUUUGCCUCAGUGACAUAACAUACUGUCUUGACUCCAGCUUUGUGAGGGAUUUAACCAGGGAGCAUGCUAGAGGAUUAAUAAGAUUAUCAAUUAACGCCAUAUUUAAACACCCACCAUCAGUCCAGACUCCAGCUGAGACCAUCUCACGUUGGAGUCAGGUUAUCUAAUGGUUUCAAAAGUGGCAAAGUAUUGUUUUGGUGUUACCCCUUCCUCACCUUCUCCCUUGAAAGUGAUGCAUUUGUUUCCCCCCCCAUUACCUGCUUGCAUCCACACUUUGCAUUCCUCACUCUCUCUCCUGUGCUCCUCCUCAGUUCUUUCCCAAUGGCAGCGCAUUCGCCACAGGCUCCGACGACGCCACCUGCAGGCUGUUCGACCUGCGUGCAGACCAGGAGCUCAGCCUCUAUUGCCAUGACAACAUCAUCUGUGGCAUUACCUCUGUGGCUUUCUCGCGCUCCGGCCGCCUGCUGCUGGCUGGUUAUGAUGACUUUAACUGUAACAUCUGGGACGCCAUGAAGGGAGACAGAGCAGGUGGGUGGAAAAAGAAGCAGAUGUCUGCGGGUGCGAUGGUGAAAAAGUUUGGCGAGGUCAAAUCUGAUGCUAAGGAUUGAGUGCUACAGUAAUUUAUUAAAACAUUACAGGUCUUUUAAUUGCUUUUUGAGUAUCCUGCUGCUUUGAUUCCUCAAACCUGAUUAGCUACUUUACCCUGGGCCCUUUCUCUCACAGAAGGACCAAGAUGUGUGUUUGUUCACCAUUUGUUUUUAAUACAGAUCUCAAGAUACAAAAUGGAGCGCCAGAUUUUGAAUGCAAAUUAACUUCACAGUAGAAGUGUCUUUUUUAUAUUUAAAAAGAAAGUCCUGUCAUACUAUUUACUUUUUAAUUAAUUUGUCAAGGAAUGUGCACAUGCUAGGAGUAUGUCGUUAAUUCAAUGGGCUGCAAAUAAAUCAAUGUAUGACAGAAGCAAACUCAAGUGAUUCCAGAGGCGUCAAGCAAAACUCUGUCUCAUAUGUACAGAAAUUACAGUUUCUAUUUAUAAAUUUGCCUGCAAGAUAUAGCACAAAGUUUUCAUAACUAAUCUAUCAUGACUUGGAAUUUUGGGGAUUGGAUCUCCAUGUCGAACUUAGCGAGUUUUUACUUCUCGAGCCUUAAUUUGAAAGCAAGAAAUUUUGUUCAAACGUCCCGAUCUGUGUUAGGAGUGAAACAGUAGUAAACACUAGGUCGCUUUGUUCGGUGUGUGUUUUUAAAGUUUGAGCUCGGAGCAAAGAGCAAAACAUUUCACAGCAACAAGUCUUCUUUUGUUUGUCUUCAUUUCUCCUGCAGGAGUCCUAGCUGGCCAUGACAAUCGUGUGAGCUGUCUGGGUGUGACGGAUGACGGCAUGGCGGUGUGCACUGGAUCCUGGGACAGCUUCCUUAAGAUCUGGAACUGAGCCAUGUACAGAAACAUAUAACACACAUACAAACACACAUACACACACACACACACAGAAACAUGCACACACCAACAUGCACGCACAUGUUCGACAAACAGGCACCGCUCCCACAGCUUGGGGCACAGUUUGCACCCUGUAUUCACUGUAUGUAAGAUUGAAACUGCAACAUUUUACUGUACAUAAUAUGUAUGACUUAGGUAUGAGUCACACGCACGCACGCACUCACUCACACACACACACACAUACACACACACUCUUGAUUUUACACACAUGAACACUUCACGCUGUAUGCAGAAUAAGCCCUGAACACACGCCACAAUUCUUUCAGCUGAUUUAAGUGCACAGCAGCAAGGCAACGGUCACACACUGACUCAGGUUUGAGUUGACAUACACACACACACACACAGACACACACAGACACACACACACUUAGACACACUGUUGUAAAAUGUAAAAAAAAUGAAAUAAAAAAAGCAACCAAAUAAAGUUUGAACUUCAGCUGCUCAAAUAAAACACAAAUGCCACUUUUUACCUAAAGCCUUUUAACACAUAAAACAUGCCCAUUCAGAUACAAACACACACACACACAUAUACACACAUACAGAUAAAUACACACUUUUUUCCUAAGAGACACUGCUCCUCAAGUUAACAGGGGAGAAACAUUAUUGGACAAUUCUGUCUUUGUUUACAUUGAAGUCCAAAAUGUACUUCAGACAAAUUUUUUCCUGGCUAUUUUUGUCUCAGUACCACACGUAUCUCAGCGAUGCUAAGUGAAGGAAGAAAAGUGGUGGUGGUGGCAGCAGAGUCAUGUGAGUCUGUGAAUACUGAAAACAAACAACCACUGACAGGCGAGCCAGGCUGACGAUCCACAGAGUCCGAGGAAAAGAUCGACUCUUGUUUCCGUCUGGCUCCAAACUUCAUAAAGUCAGUGUUUUUAUAGAUAUAUACCCCAACAUACAGUACAGUACAUCUGCUCUUUAGUUUUUCUUUUCUACUCAUUUUAUUCAUGUUCUCCCUGUGUGCCUCAGAUACACUUUAAGGAUUAUUAAUAGAGAUAAUGAUGAAGCUGAGGAGAAAGAGAGAGGAUAGAAAGAUCUGAGAUUUAGAAGGUGGGUGAAAAUUAAAGCAUUGUAAGACGCAUCUUAAAAAAGCAGGAGCCAGUAUUCAUACUUUGACUCUGUCAAUGUAUUGUCUGGACAUUAUGAUGGUAUAACUGUAUAUAAUAUUAAUAAAAGAAAGCCUCUCCUGCCUGUUAUUGUGGUUUCUUUCCAAUUAAAGAUAUGUAUCCAUUUUGCCUCAUUAUCUACAGGUAAAAGUGAAAUCAAAGACUUUAUAAAUGUCCCUCCCUGAGUUUGUUGUUCAUAGAGUUAAUCCUGUAACUCAAAAUUAAGAACUUGCCAUGAAGUUUUGGCCAAUCAGAAUCAAGAAUUAAACACAAUUGGAUGAUAAACAAUCAGCUUUACUUGUGCUCAGCUAUUUCUUUCAAACUUUUGUGCUGAAUUAUUCAAGUUUGCACUCAAUGCUUUCUUUUAUUUAUUGCUGUAGAGACCUCAGUACGAGCGCAUUUCAAAAGAUUUAUUAAUAAGGCAGACAGAACGGUAUGUUCUCAGUAAAAGUGGAAAAGUGGAGGAGAUACUUUGUGUUCCAAAACAUUUUUUAAAAGCGAACAUAAAACAAAAUCAGAAGCUACAAAAUAAAGUGAGAAAUCAACAUGAGUCUAGUGGGGGGAAUGUGGAAUUUAAUCCUCUUUUCUAAAACGGGACACUUUAUUUUGACUCUUCCAACAACAACAAUAUGUCAUCAACGUAAAGAGUAAAUAUAGUCAUAUAUUUAAAGUUUUAUCUAUUACAGAUGAAUAGGAAUAACUCACUCUGCUGUUUAAGUUUGAACACAAGUGUUUUUGAGUUCAGCCACGAGAGGGCGCAGCAGCUCACUGGGCGUCUCAUGACCAGGAACAGCAGGUCGAAGAAUUUAAUAGCACCAUCAUGUGGUCGACUGCUGACAUGUUUCAUAAACUUCUUUGUAGCUGCAGCAAAACACACAGGUGAACUGAAUUUCUCUUUUUUUAAACACAGCUUGUUUUUAGGUUUUUACUCUCUUUUUACUCGUGUUGCAGCAGUCAGGGGAGGGCAACACACACUUGUUAUCUUUAAUCCCAGCACAGCUCGGCCAAACUUUUUUUUUAGAAAAUGUGGAAUUUCCCCCUGUGGGGCUAUUAAAGGAACAUCUUAUCUUAUCUUAUCUUAACUUCAGCCUGAAAACUGAUCGAAGUGGAUUAACUUGUGGAGUGUAAGCAGGACCUUAUUGGAAAUUACAGGUUAUUUCAAAGAAAGAAAACACAACAGACUAACAUGAGAUCAAGGUAUUUUAUUUUUCAAACAAUUCUGUAUUAAGACAUGAAUUCAUUCAACACAAUCUUUUGAAAGUUUAAAGUUUAUCAGUCUAUGAAAUACAAUCUGGAGUUAACCUCUCACAAGUAACACAGACGCGCGCACACACACGAAAACAUUGCAAAGAUGUUUACUGUUUGAAAAAAAAAAAAAGGUUGUGAAAAGAAUAUCAUAGUUCUGUCCAAAGAUCCAUGUCAUUUUAGAGCCUUCCAAGUUUGAUCUGCCUCACACCAGCUACAGCUGCUAAUCCAUUCAUACCUUAUUCAUCAGAAAUAAAAGCAUAGAGAGUGUCGUCUCUUCAGUAAUGAUCAAUCAUUCCUUUAGCGGUUGUUAAGAGUUCAUAAAGGCAGGUUGUGGGAUGCUAUUACAGCAACACAAGAACACUCAUCCAAACAGGUGACUACGUUUAACUGUCAGAGAGGAGUCGUUUUUCCUUAGAUCACAAACAAAAGUCAUUACAGAAGGACUUCUGUAACAAGCGACACACAAACCAGCCUACUUCCAGUCCGCCUAAAGCAACUGAAGAUCCGCUUCCCGAAAGUCACGCUGAGAUGAAACCCACAGCUUGGUGUAGUUUAAAUGCCUACUUAUAUUGCUCUUGUUAAAGAAGAGUCAGAUCUGUUCAUAUUGUGGUCAGACUCACAUGGAGGGUUGCUAAAAUAAUGAGUUGUGAGGUUCAGGUCAUUUAAUGGCUCUUGGCACGUAAUGAAAUAGCACUUUGAAAUCUUAAGGAAACUAAUAACCAGAGAAAAACUCUUCAGAGAGAAAAAAAAAACAACUAAAGCUUUCUUCAAUGUAAGUGAUGUGUCUCAGUUCAGUGUGUUACUUAACUCUGUUGUUAACCACAAGGCAUUAGCUUUGUGUGAAGCCACAGCUC